AUGACGUCCAUCGAAGAAUCCAUCACUAUUGAUGCGCCUCCGUCUAAAGUAUGGGCCAAGCUUAUGGACCUUGAGUCGUGGGCAAAAUGGAACAGCUUUGUCACGUCCAUCGAAUUGGAGCCACCAUUUGAUGAAAUAUCUGUGGGCAGCAGACAAAAAAUCACAAUUCAACCAAAAACGGACGCAAGUGGCGACGCUGAAAGCUAUACAAACGUUACUACAUCACUUAUCCCGGAGCGCGAACUACGCUGGAGAGGCAAAAUUUUUGCUGAUUUUGUCUUUUAUACCAACCACUGGUGCUUAUUGGAAACUCGUGAGCAGCAGAGCGGAUCGGAAAUCAAGACUGUCUUUAGCCAGGGCGAGGAUUUUGGCGGCCUGCUAGCACCAAUGGUUUCGAUUACUGGAAAAAUGACGCAACUGAAAGAAGGUUACGCUAGGAUGAAUAUGGAUUUAAAACGUGCUGUAGAAAACGAUAUUUAA